AUGGCGACAAUCCGACAUGCCCGCUGGGAGGACGCUCCCAUAAUUCUUCAGCUCAUCCAGGAGCUCGCCGAUUACGAGAAGGAGCCAGAUGCCAACAAGGCCACCGUUGAAACCCUACAGGCCACAAUUGCCUUCGCGCCAUCCGACUCCCCCAAUGCCGACGCCUCUGUCAUCCCCGCCACCGAACCCAUCUCGCCAACAAAGCCCGCCAGAUGUCUCCUCCUUAUUUCCCCCGAGGGUGAAGCCGUCGGCAUGGCAUUGUACUUUUACAACUACAGCACGUGGCGCUCGCGCGCAGGCAUCUAUCUCGAGGACCUGUACGUCCGAGAUUCGGAGCGCGGCAAGGGAUAUGGCAAGAAGUUGUUGAGCACACUGGCCAAGCAAGUUGUCGCCAUGGAUGGUGUUCGACUUGAUUGGGUGGUCCUCAAGUGGAACGAACCUAGCAUCAAGUUCUAUGAGAGCAUCGGCGCCUACCCUAUGAGCGACUGGGUUGGUAUGCGGGUGGACAACGAGGGCUUGAAAAAGUUGGCCAACUUGACGGAUUGA